CCUAAUGACUCGAGCACCCAAACAAAACUCGCUCCCCUCCUCCUCCCUCCUUCCUCCGCCGCGGCGCCGGUGCCCUGCCUUGUUUUCCCCGUGCGCAUAUUCGCUCGCCCGCAUCGGCGGCCGACAUCGCUUGGGGAGCGCACCAGAAACGCGCACGGCAGCGAGGAAGGCCAACCACCUCAUCUCCUCUACUUACAUUCCUCUCGCGGAGCCCCGUCUCCUGUGUGUAGGCGCGUGGUGGUGAUAGUACUCAUGGCGGCGGCGGCGGCGGCGGAUACCUCGGAGGCGUCCGCGGCGGGGCUCGCGCUCGCGGAGGCCAACAUCAACUGGGAGAGGUUGGACAAGACAAGGUUUCAUGUGAUUGGAGCUAUCCUGUUUACAGCCCAGCAAGGUGCUCUGCACCCAACGGCUGUUGUGAAGACUAGGAUGCAGGUUGCCGAAGGAGGGCUUGCACACAUGUCUGGAUUUGCUGUUUUUAGGAGGAUACUGAGAAGUGAUGGCAUCCCUGGUGUUUUCAGAGGCUUUGGCACCUCUGCAGUUGGAGCUCUACCUGGGCGAGUAUUAGCUCUAACAUCACUGGAGGUCUCCAAACAAAUGACAUUUAAAUACUCAGAACGUUUCGAUAUGUCAGAGGCAUCAAGAAUUGCUGUAGCAAAUGGUGUGGCAGGCCUAGUGUCGAGUAUCUGUUCAAGUGCAUAUUUUGUGCCUCUAGAUGUGAUUUGCCAAAGGCUCAUGGUUCAAGGAUUGCCAGGGAUGGCAACAUAUAGAGGCCCAUUUGAUGUGAUAAAUAAGGUUGUCAGAAUGGAAGGGAUCCGGGGGCUUUACCGAGGUUUUGGAAUCACAAUGUUGACCCAGUCACCAGCUUCUGCCCUUUGGUGGAGUGCAUAUGGUGGUGCUCAGCACGCUAUCUGGAGGAGCUUGGGUUAUGGAAAUGACUCGCAAACAAAACCAUCUGAGUCAGAACUUGUUGCUGUCCAAGCGACAGCAGGAACAAUUGCUGGUGCUUGCUCAUCAAUUAUCACCACGCCAGUAGAUACCAUCAAGACACGGCUUCAGGUUAUGGACAAUUAUAGUGGCAGGCCAUCUGUUAUGAAAACUACCAGGCUCCUGCUAGACGAGGAUGGCUGGAGGGGGUUUUAUAGAGGUUUUGGACCUAGGUUUCUUAACAUGUCUCUCUGGGGCACAUCAAUGAUCGUGACAUAUGAGCUCAUAAAGAGGCUCUCGGUGAAGUCCGAAUAAUUCUUCUUUACUUCUUUCCCAACUGAGGUGGUUAGUUCAAGAUCACCCAACUGAGGUGGUUAGUUCAAGAUCAUCGUUAUCAAUACAGGCUAUAUAGUGUGUUUGCUGCACGGAAACUGUCGGCGAGUAUUAUGAUAGAGUAGGAUGCAGAUUUACCACUUAGUUGCAUAACAUGCUUCUGUAUGAGACUUGCGAUAUGUAUAUAUCUGUGCUAAAGGCCCUCUUUUCAGGAUGUUGUAGCCAGCCUCUCUAGGGUGUAAUCGAAACAGCCUACAGCCCAUAGGCUUUUUCUGGCUAAUGGGGCACCUUAUGGCUGUACCUGUUAAUGAUUCAGCAAAAUUUUGGCAACGAAUUUAGCAUCAUUUUCGUUGAA